GCCCCCCUUCUGUGCUUCUCCGUGAGCUGCUCCCAUGCUUGUGCCCUUCCGAUCUCACGGCCCGCUCCCAGAUUCGUCCAUCCCUCCAUUCGUACACCCGGAUACCACAUCCCGCAAAAUCAAAUCAAAAUGAAGGCCAUUGCGUACGCUGCCGUCCUCUUGGGACUCGUUUCCACCGCCCUGGGUCAGGCCGAGACCACCGGCCUCGCCCCGUCCCCUACCGAGUCGUACGGCUGCGAGCCGCAUGGUGAUCACUGGCACUGCGAGGGUGCUCGUACCGUUGCUGAGACGGAUGCUCCCACUGACGUCGGCACCACUACCGCCGCUGCCGCUACCACCUCUGCCGCUCAUGACCACGACGAGGACGAGGACGACCACGAUCACGACGAGGACGACGACGACAGCACCCACACUGACGCCGCCGGCACGGGGGCUCUGGCACCGAGCCCGACCGAGUCCUAUGGCUGCGAACCCCACGGUGACCACUGGCACUGCGAGGGCGCCAUCACUGCUUCUCCCACCGGGGCCCCCGCGGGCACUGGAGCCCAGGACGCCGCCACCACCACUUCUACCAGCACCGCAGCUGCUCCCCACUUCGAGGUUGCCGGUUUGGGUUUCGCCGGCGUCGCCGCCGUUGUCGCCAUGGCUCUCUGAAUGAGGGGCACUCCUAUGCCUAAUGCAUCUUCAUCCUAGUUUCACUCAUCAACAACCGAGACUUGGUUCAUGUUAGCCAUCUCGGUCGAGGAAGGUAUGGGGAAGGAGAGACUAGGGAAUUACGAUUAAUUCUUUUCACUGUACAAACUUCUGUAAUACAGAAUAAUCUACCACAUAUGGCCAUCUUAUCUUGAUUCUGUCAGUUUCCCGCUCUGCAUUGUCACAUUCUCACUCAUUCACCCUCGAAGUCUCAAUCAUCACGGCCACACAU